UACGUUUUUAGACGUUUUUUUUAAAUAGAGAAAUUGACUUUAAAGUCAACCGCGUUAAAAAAUGUUGAAUAUUCGAAAUGAAGGUGAGACAUAUAGCUAAUAUACGUUAUGGACAGGAGGGUUUUAUUCAGGCACUUUCUUAACAGCCACUGGCGUUGUGUCUAGAGAGGACCCUGCAGUCCACCAUGGCGGCGCCCGGUGGAACUUUAAACUGAGGUGCUAAAGUUGAUGCGAGCCAUAGAUGACCGCAUCGUGCAUUCUCUGAACACCACCGUGCCGACAGUCUCCUUCUCAGGCAAAGUGGAUGCCACACAAACAUGCAAACAACUAUAUGAAUCUAUGAUGGAGGCCCAUCUGACCCGAGACAAAGCCAUCAAGUCCUGUAUAGCUCAAACAUCUGAGGUGGUGGGACAACUGCGUGAAGAGAGAGCAAAAGACAGCGAAAACCUGGCACUGCUCAAACAGCUCAGAAAAGAGCAAACCAAAUUAAAGCUUAUGCAAUCAGAGCUGAAUGUUGAAGAGGUUGUCAACGAUAGAAGUCUGAAGAUUUUCAGUGAAAGGUGCAGAAUCCACUACAUACCCCCGAAGGUGAAGUGAAGACGAAGGUCCGAUGAGAGGAGCCCUCGAGGUUUGAGUCCAGACCGGAGCUGAAAGUGACCUGCUGCUGAGGGUCAUGACCGCAGGCUGCAGACCAUCCACACCACUCUGACCUCUUGUCCAAUACACUUGUAUUCCAUUGUGAUUAUUGUAUUGCAUUACCACAGCUGUAAAACAGUCAUCUGUGAGCUGUUUUAAGGAGAAACAUUGCACAAAAAAAGUAUUUCUUUUUUUUUUUUUUUAAAGGAAAUGAAAUGUUUUCAAGUGUUUUGUCUGUGAUUUAAAUCAUUUGAGUCUUUUGAUGAACUUUGUGUUUUCUACAGUUAUUGCAGUGAUACCGUU